AUGAAGAUUAAGACUAGAACUAUCCGCGGACAAAAGAAGGACGCUCUUCUCCAACAGCUGGAGGAGCAGAAGAACGAGCUUGCCUCGCUCCGCGUUUCUAAGGUCACCGGAGGAGCCGCUUCAAAGUUGAGCAAGAUUCGCGUCGUCCGUAAGAACAUCGCUCGCAUCUUGACGGUUGUCAACCAAACGCAAAAGCAGGAGCUUAGAAAGUUCUAUGCUGAUCAUAAGUACAAGCCAAUCGACUUGCGCUACAAGAAGACUCGCGCCAUCCGCAGACGUUUGACAGCUCACGAGGCCAGCCUUCGCAAUUCAAAGCAGCAGGCCAAGAGCAGAAAACUUGCACUCAGAAAGUUCGCCGUUAAAGCCUAA